CGGCAGCAAGAGCGCUUGUUCUCGCGACCGGGUCCGUAACUGCCGGGAGGGCGGACCUGCUCAAGCUCAGGCGCCUCCUCAGCGCGAGGUAGGGGUUGUUGGCUGCGCGGUUCUUCUCCCCCGCCCGCUGCUCUCGUCUUAUGAGCCCGGGCGGGUUCGGAAGGCGCUCGUUCCCUUGCCGGUGAGGAGGAAGAGAGGUCGGGGAGGGGGAAGCAGGGAGCAUGGCGGCCUCGGCGUCGGAAAAAAGCAGCAAGAAGAAAACAGAGAAGAAACUUGCGGCUCGAGAGGAGGCUAAAUUGUUGGCCAGCUUCAUGGGUGUCAUGAACACCAUGAGGAAGCAAAAAACACUCUGUGAUGUUAUUCUUAUGGUCCAGGAAAGGAAGAUCCCAGCUCAUCGUGUUGUACUUGCUUCAGCCAGCCAUUUCUUUAACUUAAUGUUUACCACAAAUAUGAUUGAAUCAAAAUCAUUUGAAGUGGAGUUAAAAGAUGCAGAACCGGAUAUUAUUGAGCAGCUUGUGGAGUUUGCUUAUACUGCAAGAAUUUCUGUAAACAGCAACAAUGUGCAGUCAUUGUUAGAUGCAGCAAAUCAGUAUCAAAUUGAACCUGUGAAAAAAAUGUGUGUGGACUUUUUGAAAGAGCAAGUUGAUGCUUCAAAUUGUCUUGGUAUAAGUGUGUUAGCAGAAUGUCUUGACUGCCCAGAACUGAAGGCCACUGCAGAUGAUUUUAUCCAUCAGCACUUCACAGAGGUUUACAAAACAGAUGAGUUUCUGCAGUUAGAUGUUAAACGUGUGACACAUCUCUUGAACCAAGAUACACUAACUGUAAGAGCAGAAGAUCAGGUUUAUGAUGCUGCUGUCAGAUGGCUGAAGUAUGAUGAGCCAAACCGUCAGCCAUACAUGGUUGACAUUCUUGCGAAAGUAAGGUUUCCCUUAAUUUCAAAGAAUUUCCUCAGUAAAACAGUACAGGCUGAGCCACUAAUUCAAGACAAUCCAGAGUGCCUCAAAAUGGUUAUCAGUGGAAUGAGAUACCAUCUGCUUUCUCCGGAGGACAGAGAAGAAUUGGUAGAUGGCACUCGCCCACGAAGAAAAAAGCAUGAUUACCGUAUUGCCUUGUUUGGAGGAUCACAGCCACAGUCUUGUCGCUAUUUUAAUCCAAAGGAUUACAGCUGGACAGAUAUCCGAUGUCCCUUUGAAAAGCGGAGGGAUGCAGCUUGUGUCUUCUGGGACAAUGUAGUUUAUAUUUUAGGUGGCUCCCAGCUUUUUCCUAUAAAGCGAAUGGACUGCUACAAUGUUGUGAAAGAUAGCUGGUAUUCCAAAUUGGGGCCUCCAACCCCCCGUGACAGCCUUGCAGCUUGUGCAGCAGAGGGUAAAAUUUAUACAUCUGGUGGUUCAGAAGUAGGAAAUUCUGCUUUAUAUUUAUUUGAAUGCUAUGAUACAAGAACAGAAAGUUGGCACACAAAGCCCAGCAUGCUGACUCCCCGGUGCAGUCAUGGGAUGGUGGAAGCAAAUGGUUUGAUUUAUGUAUGUGGAGGAAGUUUAGGAAACAAUGUUUCUGGAAGAGUCUUGAAUUCCUGUGAAGUUUAUGAUCCAGCCACAGAAACGUGGACAGAGCUAUGUCCGAUGCUUGAAGCCCGAAAGAAUCAUGGUCUGGUAUUUGUGAAAGACAAAAUAUUUGCUGUGGGAGGACAAAAUGGCUUAGGUGGCCUAGACAAUGUGGAAUAUUAUGACAUUAAAGUGAAUGAAUGGAAGAUGGUCUCCUCCAUGCCAUGGAAGGGUGUAACAGUGAAAUGUGCUGCUGUAGGUUCUAUAGUUUAUGUAUUAGCUGGUUUUCAGGGUGUAGGACGCUUGGGGCACAUCCUUGAAUAUAAUACUGAAACUGAUAAGUGGAUAGCCAACUCCAAAGUUCGUGCUUUCCCUGUGACCAGCUGUUUAAUCUGUGUAGUUGAUACUUGUGGCGCAAAUGAGGAGACAUUAGAAACAUGAAGAUAGGUGCUCUUGAAAUAAUAGGUUGCUACUCAUGUAUCUACAUUUUAGUUUCAUCUUGUCAGUACUAUGGGAAACAUGGAAUGGAAACCUCCAUUUUUAUCUCUGCCAUGUAUAUUUGUCUGUGCAAGUUUUAUUUUUGAAUUUCCUUCAUAAAAAUUCAAAAUAUUUCAAGAACCUAAAUGGAAGGCACACAAAGACGGUCUCCUUAAGAUAAAUAUGUACAAUUUUGAAAAGAAAAAAAAGUAAUGGCCUAAAGAAUAUUGUGAAACAUUUCAAGAAAAGUGUCUACAGCUAACUUUUGGGGUGAGUUUUCAGUUAAAAUACUGAAAUUCUUCAAGUAGUAAAGAUGAAUCAAAUUAGCAUUAACUGGUGUAAAUUUGCUUAACAGCUCAUCUCUGUUCUGCAGAGAUAUAUACUGCAUUCCAGCCAUGCAGCUUCUUCAUUGGAUUGUGCAAUGUUAGUGUCUAAUUGUUCAGAAAGUACUUCAGCGAAUCAGUUCUUACUAAUGGUUGUGCAUUACUUCAAUCUAUGCUGUCUAUACUGAGAUGGCUCAGAUAACUGAGGUACAUCUAUACAUAAGCAUCCCUUUUUUGAGUCUGGUUCUUCAUUGCAGAACUAGAAUGGUGCCUAAGAGAAGGCAGAUAACUUUAAAAAAAAUCUUAAUUGCGGUCUGUGCAAUAUCAUAUAGUCUGUGGUAAAUACUCUUGUCUUUUCAGUUAUGUAUAUGGGAUCUGCCUUUUCCACCUAUUUCCUAAAAUAUCAAUUGAUAGUCAUAGAUGUCUCACAGAUGAGAGCACAGACUACACUUCUCCGUAUCCCCAUGGGAACAUUGGGGAGUUCAGGGAUAAAAAUGCUCUUACCUCUAGAUAAAGAUUAGAUUACUUGUUUGCUCAUAGAAAGAAGUUAACAUAGUCAGGGCUACAGCAGGAGGGAAAAGCUAAACUUGGAAAUCAGGUUUUACUUCCAUUUGUUGCCUGUUCCUUUUUUCAGAAAAAUGUGAAAUCGAACCUACUGCUUGCCCUGCUCUGGUUUUCUUUGACUUGUCCUAGGGCAGGUACUGGCAGUGUGCGUCUCUCUAGGUGAUGUUAGACUACAACUCCCAGCAGCAUUUACCAUUGUCUGUAUGGGCUUGAACUGCUGCGAGCUAUGGUCCAGUAACAGUUGGCUACUCUUUUUUUGUGUGGCCAAGAUCAAACCCAGGAAACGUCCAUUCCUUCUGGUUCUUUGCUUGUGCUUAAACAGAUAAAAUCUGUAACCGUUUCUUACAUGCCUGUUGAAAUACUGCAUGUGAAGUCUCAAAAAACUGCAGUAUGCACACUGUAAAAGGACUGAGUCACACCUGCAGGUAAAAAAAGUGAGUGACUUAAUGUGCAUUAGUCCAUUCUUUUCCUGUUUACCUGUUUUAUCACUUCCUGAGUCCUAUUCUUAUAGACAGAAACAUCUUAUGCUAUCUGAGUACACUUCUGUGUAUUUUGCUCUUAAUACUGCCUUUUACCAUAAAAUCUCUGAAUAUGUUUGAAGCUAUGUUAAACACAAAUAUGAAUAUAGCCUUUAAGGACUGUUUUUUCAUGUUGGGUUUUAAAACAAAUUCUGAAGCACAUCUUUUUUAUAAUUCUGUCCUGAAGAAUUUUUAAAAAAAACAGAUUUGCCAAUAAUAGAAUGUUUGAACACUACUAAGAAUUAAGUCUGAUCUCACCAUGGCAUGUACUAUAAGUAAUUCAGUCUUCCUUUUUGAACAAAAAAUUCAAGCUUUGUUAAUAAAUAGGAUUUUCUUGUGGUGGUUAUUCAUCUUUAAUUAGUCAGAUAUGAGCUAUCCAGUGUGGAACUUAUCAUGUUUCAUAGUUCAGGAUCAUUACGUGUUACUGUAUUCAAGCUGUGUGUGUCAAAACUUACCUGUUAUUAGUCUAUGAGGGGUAGAUACAGCCAGUUUUUUUAAACGUUUUGUGUAUUGAGAACGAUGUAUUGAUAAAAUUUGUCUGCUGAAUAUUUUUUUUGUUAAAUAUCAGUUUUUGAAAGUGAAGCAAAUACCUCAGUGAAGCUCGUGGGUCAGUAAAUUUUAUUAAUUAAAUAUUUGUUUUUCUUACCGUA